AAAACAUACACAAUAUAUAUUAUUAAAAAUAACUAUGACGGAAGAAGAAAAUGCUGAUACAACAUUAACGGCAGCUGACCAAAUGCCGUCAGAAAAUGAUGUGGCUUUCUUGGAGUUUAUUGAAAUGGAAAAUUUCAAGUCUUAUCGAGGCCAUGUAGUGGUAGGACCAUUAAAACAAUUUACCGCAGUUAUAGGACCCAAUGGUUCCGGAAAAUCAAAUUUCAUGGAUGCCAUCAGUUUUGUUAUGGGUGAGAAGACUACCAGUUUGCGUGUGAAACGUUUAAACGAUUUAAUACAUGGCUCUUCUAUUGGUAAGCCAGUGUCCCGCAGUUGUUACGUCACGGCAAAAUUUAUAAUUGGGCCCAUACAAAUGGAUUUUCAACGGGCUGUUAUUGGUGGCUCUUCGGAAUACCGCAUUAAUGGCGAAGUGGUUUCGAGUAAUACAUAUUUGGGAAAAUUGGAAAAGUUGGGCAUCAAUGUCAAGGCUAAAAAUUUCUUGGUGUUUCAGGGAGCUGUCGAGAAUAUUGCCAUGAAAACACCAAAGGAACGCACAGCUUUAUUUGAGGAAAUUAGUGGAUCUGGUAAUUUAAAGGAAGAUUACAAUCGUUUGAAACAGGAAAUGAUAUUGGCCGAAGAAGAAACUCAAUUCACGUACCAAAAGAAAAAAGGCGUUGCCGCCGAACGUAAAGAAGCCAAACAUGAAAAAAUGGAAGCUGAUCGCUAUGCUCGGCUUAAAAAUGAAUAUAACGAAAAACAAGUUGAAUAUCAAAUAUUUCGCUUGUAUCACGUUGAAAAGGACAUUCAGCGCUUAAAUGAAGACAUUGUAAGUAAACAACAAGAAAUCAAAGAAGUCGAAAAACGCAAGGAACAGUCUGACGAAGUGCUAAAGGAAAAGAAAAAAGAUGCGGGAAAGCUUAAUCGCGAAAUGGCUAAACUCGAUCAGGAGGCACGAGAAUUUGAGACACAAAUGAAUAAAAAACAUCCACUCUAUAUAAAGGCAAAGGAAAAAGUAGCCCAUUGCCAGAAAAAGCUAAAAUCGCUGGCCAAAACUUUGGAAACGGCCCGCGAAGCUGAUACUGCCCACCAACAGGACAUACGAAAGCUGGAAAAACAAUUGGCUGAAGUCGAACAAAUGAAAAAACGUUUCGAAGAUGAAAUUGAGAAUGAAUCACAAAAACGCGGCAAAAGCGUACACAUGGAAGAGGGUCUGGUGCAAGAAUACGAUCGUCUUAAACAGGAAGCUGAAGCUACCGCCACCCAGUAUCGUUCCCAAUUGGAUUCGGUGAAUCGCGAACAAAAAUCCGAUCAAGAUUUAUUGGAUGGCGAAACAAAUCGCAGAGCAUCGGUGGAGGAGGCUCUCAAGAAACUGACCCUGCAACGUGAGGAGGCUGUUAAGCGGCGUGACAAACUAAUGGAUCAUAUUAAAGCAUCCGAAGCUGCUUUGGAAGAGCAGAAUCGUAUUAAGGACGAACUGAAACGUGAUGUGGGUUGUUCAAAAGAGAAAAUUGCCGAAAUUCAAAGAGAAUUAGAGAAUGUACGUGAUCAAUUGGGUGAUGCUCGAAGUGAUAAACAUGAAGAUGCUCGACGAAAAAAGAAACAAGAAGUUGUGGAAUUAUUUAAGAAACAGGUGCCAGGAGUGUAUGAUCGCAUGAUUAACAUGUGUCAGCCCACACAUAAACGUUACAAUGUUGCCGUUACCAAAGUUCUGGGUAAAUUCAUGGAAGCCAUUAUUGUGGACACUGAAAAAACAGCGCGACAAUGUAUUCAGAUACUGAAAGAACAAAUGUUAGAAGUGGAAACAUUUUUGCCCUUGGACUACCUACAAGUCAAACCUUUAAAGGAACGUUUAAGAAAUAUCAGUGAACCACGUAAUGUUAAGCUGGUGUUUGAUGUCUUAAAAUUUGAACCACGAGAAAUAGAGCGGGCUGUUCUAUUCGCCACCGGCAAUGCCUUGGUUUGCGAAACUCCUGAGGAUGCCAUGAAAGUGGCAUAUGAAUUAGAUCGUUCACGUUAUGAUGCCUUAGCUUUAGAUGGUACAUUUUAUCAGAAAUCUGGUCUUAUAUCCGGCGGCAGUCAUGAUUUGGCGCGCAAAGCCAAACGAUGGGAUGAAAAACACAUGGCCCAGUUAAAAUCGCAAAAGGAUCGUUUAACUGAGGAGCUCAAGGAAUUGGUAAAGAAGUCGAGAAAACAAAGUGAAUUGGCCACCGUGGAAUCACAGAUAAAAGGCUUGGAAAAUCGUUUAAAAUACAGUAUGGUGGAUUUAGAAUCCUCGAAAAAGUCCAUACAACAAUUCGAUAAUCAAUUGAAGCAAGUUCAAACACAAUUAGAUGAAUUUGGGCCUAAAAUUACUAAAAUUGAGACCCGAAUGGAGAAACGGGAUGAAUAUAUACAAGAAAUCAAAGAAAACAUGAACAAUGUAGAAGAUAAAGUUUUCGCAGCCUUCUGUCGCCGUUUGAAUUGCAAAAACAUACGUCAAUACGAAGAAAGAGAGUUGGUAAUGCAGCAGGAAAGAGCACGAAAAAGAGCAGAAUUUGAGCAACAGAUUGAUGCCAUAAAUACACAGUUGGAUUUUGAAAAGCAAAAAGUUACCAAAAAAAAUCUCGAACGUUGGGAACGUAGUGUCCAGGACGAAGAAGACGCCUUGGAGGGUUUAAGGGCAGCUGAAAAACGUUAUCUCAAAGAAAUCGAUCUGGACAAAGAAAAAAUGGAAAAGUUAAAACAGGAAAAACAAACCAAGAAACAGGCAGUCGACGAUAUGGAAGAAGACAUAUCGAAGGCACGCAAAGAAGUUGCAAGUGUUGCCAAAGAAAUACACAAUUUAGGUUCACAACUGUCCGCGAUUGAGGCCAAAAUCGAGACCAAGAAAAAUGAACGUCAUAAUAUUUUGCUGCAAGCUAAAAUGGAUUGUAUAGCCAUACCUUUGCUCAAAGGUUCCUUGGAUGAUUGUGUGAGUCAAGGUGAUUCGGAAGCGACGACAAGUGCUACAUCAACUUCCUUAAUUUUAGAAAAAGAAAAUCUUAUCGAAGUAAACUACUCUAGUUUACCUCGUGAUCUAUGCAAAGUCAAAGACGAUUCUAGCUUUAAGAAAAUGAACGACCAACUUCAAAAAGAUCUCCAAGCCAAACUGGAUAUUUUGGAACGUAUACAAACACCGAAUCUAAAGGCAAUGCAAAAAUUAGAUCGUGUUACGGAAAAAGUGCAAUCGACCAAUGAAGAAUUUGAGUCGGCCCGUCGUAAGGCGAAAAAAGCAAAGGCGGCCUUUGAACGUGUUAAAAAUGAGCGGGCUGAGAAAUUCAUACAAUGUAGUAACCACAUAUCGGAUGCUAUUGAUGCCAUCUACAAGAAAUUGGCCCGUAAUGAGGCUGCACAAGCCUAUUUAGGUCCUGAUAAUCCCGAGGAACCCUAUUUGGAUGGCAUUAAUUAUAAUUGUGUAGCGCCGGGUAAACGUUUCCAACCGAUGAGUAACUUGAGUGGUGGUGAGAAGACAAUUGCUGCGUUGGCCUUAUUAUUUUCCAUACACAGUUUUCAACCUGCUCCCUUUUUUGUGCUCGAUGAAAUCGAUGCUGCUCUUGACAACACUAAUAUUGGUAAAGUGGCUUCAUAUAUACGUGAUCAUACAACAAAUUUACAAACCAUUGUUAUUUCCUUAAAAGAAGAAUUUUAUGGUCAUGCCGAUGCUUUAGUUGGCAUAACUCCUGGUGAGGGCGACUGUUUGGUUUCAAAUGUUUAUCUAUUCGAUUUAACUUUAUUCCAUGAUAAAUAAUUAUUUUUGUUUCUAUCGUUUAUUUAAUUCUAUUGAAUUUCUAACAGUAUAGCUUAAUGUAUUCUAAAUAUAAAUAUUAAUUUAGUCCACAACAAAAACGAAAUGUUGUAGUAAUUUUUAAGCGACCUAAAAUUUGUUUGUCAUUAUUUUGUUUCUUAACACUAGAUUUACUUUUACAUAUUAUGAGAGCACAUUUUUUUAAAACAAUAAAAAACUGUAAUUUAAUUUAUCUAUCUAUAUAAACUGAUCAAAAUUCAUAACAAAUGAUAAAUGAGGAAACUAUAUACAUAUACACACUGUAAAUUUGUUUCGACUAUAAAUAAAAAUUGUGUAAAGCGGGAAUUCUUUAACAUAUACAUAUAUAUAAUAAA